AUGGCACAAAAGAUCAGAGUGGGAUUUAUCCCCGAGCAUUUUUCAACGCCGAUUCAUUAUGCCCAGGCGAAGGGGUACUUUGCGGUUGAGGGCCUCGAGGUGGUGCUCUUGGAGUACCCUUCUGGAUCAGGUCACCUGAUCCAAUCGCUCAAAUCUGGUGAAAUUGAUAUAGCAAUUGGAUUAACCGAGGCUUUUGUAAGAGGAAUCUGUGAUGGUGAUGAAGAUUACAAGCUGGUCGGCACGUAUGUUCAAAGCCCUCUUUGUUGGGCCAUCUCCACGGGUAAAGACAGGCCCGAUGUUUCGCUGCCAGAACAACUUUCAGGGAAGAGAAUUGGAGUUUCCCGGAUUGGCUCGGGCUCUUACGUGAUGUCAUUUGUACUUGCCAUGGAACUGAAAUUUCAACAGCCAUUUUUCAGCUCGUUCUCGGUUGUUCAGAACUUCAAGAACCUGAGGGACUCGGUAAAUCUCGUUCCAGGAGUCGAGGGCAGUGAAGCAUUCAUGUGGGAACAUUUCACGUCCAAGAGAUAUUAUGACUCUGGCGAGAUCCGCAAAAUAGGCCAGAUCUACACUCCAUGGCCAUCUUGGGUGGUGGUGAGCAGUGCUUCUUUGGACUCCACAUUGGUCACCAAAUUCACUGCAGCUUUGAAACGUGGGAUUGAUUACUUCAAUGAGAACCCUGAAGAGUCUGUGAAACAUAUCUAUACUGCGUUGGACUAUUCAGAGGAGGAUGCCCGUGAAUGGCUCAAGACGGUAGAGUUCAGCAAGGACCCAAGCACUCUUGACUUCACCACUACGGUGGCCAAAACUGCCGAGGUAUUAAAAGCCGCGGGAGUCAUCCAGCAGAACGGUGAGUCAGAUGACACUAUUCAGGCCAGAAUUGAGGCCGGAAUCAAAAGAUAG